UAAUUCCGAAUAUUCAAUAAAUAAAAUGUUCUUACUUUUCAUUAAAAUUUUUCUUUUAAUUAAUUUAAUUUUGGUUCCAGCAUUUUUGGCUGAAAAGGCAAAUGAGGAGAAUAAAUUAGAUGUUUCUGCAUUGAAUAACGAUAAUAGAGAAAAAUUUAGAUUUCUAAGUAAACGAAGACGACGAGGCACAUUUUGGAAGGCAGUUGGAGCAGGCGCUUUAAUUGGAGGAGGUGCUGCUUUACUUUCUAAAGCUUUCAGAGGAUAAAACUUUUUAUUUAAAAAUAGACAAAUAUUUUUAGUAUGUAUUAUUUUAUAAUUUUGAAUAAAAAAU